CUGCGACCCACAUCUGCCUCCCAGAAGACCACGCCGGAGAGCCGAGCGCAAGAUGAACCAGCACGCCGUGGGCUCAAGAUGCACCAGACCGUCCGACUGAACCCUGAGAGCCCGAAGAUGUCUGCGUGCAGUGACUUUGUGGAGCACAUCUGGAAGCCUGGGUCCUGCAAGAACUGCUUCUGCUUGAGGAGUGACCACCAGCCGGCGCCCGGCCACCUGCCCCCUCCGCCUCGCCUGCCCCCCAGGCCUGACAACUGCCGCCUAGAAGAUGAAGGCGUGAACGGUUCGCCCUACUCCAAGCCCACCAUCGCCGUGAAGCCCACCAUGAUGAGCCCCGACACCUCCGAUGUGUGGACAGAGGCGAACCUGAGUGCCGACGUCUCGCAGGUCAUCUGGAGACGAGCCCCCGGCAAGCUCCCCCUCCCGAAGCAGGACGACGUGCCGCUAGUUUACCUGGGCAGCUUCCGUGGUGCCCAGAAGCCGGCCGGGCCCUCUGCCUCCACAGAUGGCCUUGCUCGCUGCCCCCCGGCCUAUGCCGUGGUGGGCCUGCACAGCCUAGAGGCCCGGGGGCAGCGGAACACUGCCUUCCACCCAGCGAGUUUCUCCAGUGAGAAGGUUGGGCGAGAAGAUAAACCCAUGUUUCCCUACCAAGAGCUGACCGCUCAGGAGAGCUUCCGCCAGAAGGUAGCUGCCUUUGCUGGCAUGACGUCUGGUUGUCACAAGGGCCCCGGGCCCUGCCCCUCUCCACAGCCCCUGCGGGAGUCCCUGCCUUCGGAGGACGACAGCGAUCAGAGGUGCUCACCUUCAGGGGACAGCGAAGGGGGAGAAUAUUGCUCCAUCCUGGACUGUUGCCCCGGGAGCCCCGUUGCCACGGCCACCUCACAGGCUGAGAGUUCUCGGGGUGGACCUGGCAGAGGGGACCGCUCACCACUGUGCUGGGAGCAGGGCGUGUGUGGGGGCCCCCCGGAGGAGGAGAAGCAGGUUCUGAGCUUCCCAAGGGAGUGCUGUAGCCAGGGCCCGGCUGAGAACCCGCCCCGCCUGGGUCCCAAGAAGCUGUUCCUUCCCUCAGAGGCCGCCAGUUCUUCGGAUGGCCUCUCCUGUGGGAGUGCCAGCAGUGGGGCCAGCAGCCCCUUCACCCCGCAUCUUGAGAGUGAUUACUGCUCCCUCGUGAAGGAGCCUGUGCCAGGGAAGCAGCAGGACUCAGGCUGCCACGUGCUGACCUCUAACAGGCGCCUUGGACUGACAGGGGAGCCCCAGCCUCCAGCCCACCCCAGGGAGGCGGUACAGCCUGAACCCAUCUAUGCUGAGAGCACCAAGAGGAAGAAGGCAGUUCCAGCACCUUCCAAGCCACAGGCCACAGCAGAACAGGCCGCAGCUGCUCGGGGCCAGGGCCAGGUACGGACAGCUAACGCCCGGGCUCAGAAGGCAGCGUCUGGCUGGGGCCGGGACAGGGAAGGCCCAGAUAUGGCUCCCCAGGUGGCAGCCACCAUCACAGUCCUGGCAGCCCAUCCAGAAGAGGACCACCGGACAAUCUACCUGAGCAGCCCCGACUCCGCCGUGGGGGUCCAGUGGCCACGUGGGCCUGUGAGCCAGGACUCUGAGGCAGGUGAAGAGGAGGCUUCAGCUGGGCAGGGGCUGAGCUCCAGAGAAAGCCACCGUCCCGACGCGAGUGAGAACACGCCCAAGGGGAAGCCUGCCAUUCCCCCCAAGCUGUCCAAGAGUAGCCCUGGAGGGUCCCCGGUGUCACCCUCUGCUUCCCCACUGUCUGACCUCAGCGAGGGGAGCUCCGCUGGUGGUACGGGGCCCCAGACUUCCUCCAGGGGCCCCAGUGACUCUGCUUCUUCCUGCCGGGCGAACAGCGUUGCCGCCGGUGACUCUGUCCGGUGCCACCCCCCAGCUGCCACCGCCUCAGCCUUGGACCAGAGGAGGCCCCGGUACCAGACGGGGGCCUGGAGCCGUCAGUGCCGGAUAGAGGAAGAGGAGGAGGUGGAACAGGAGUUGCUGAGUCAAAGCUGGGGAAGAGAGAUGGAAAACAGCACCGCAGACCCCUCCAACUCCUCCGCCUGGCACUGUCUCCGCCCCACCGACGGCUGCUCUGGGCAAAGCAGCAAAGUUGGGACCGGGAUGAGCAAAUCGGCUUCUUUUGCCUUUGAGUUCCCCAAGGACAGAAGUGGGGUUGAGGCAUUCUCGCCUCCGCCGCCGCCUCCGAAGUCGCGGCACCUCUUAAAGAUGAACAAGAGCAGCUCUGAUUUGGAGAAAGUGAGCCAGGGCUCUGCAGAGAGCCUCAGCCCUCCCUGCAGGGGUGUCCCCGUCAGCUUCACCACAGGUUCCACAGACAGCCUGGCCUCAGACUCCAGGACCUGCAGCGAUGGAGCCCCUCCAUCUGAGCCAGCGCACUCACCCACAAGCAGUGGGAAGAAGCUCUUUGCUCCUGUUCCGUUCCCUUCGGGCUCCACUGAGGAUGUGUCCCCCAGCGGCUCCCCACAGCCCCCGCCUCUCCCCCAGAAGAAGUUAGUUAGCCGGGCAGCCUCUUCACCCGACGGCUUCUUCUGGACCCAGGGCUCCCCCAAGCCAAGAACAGCAAGUCCCAAGCUGAACCUCAGCCACUCAGAAACCAAUGUCUGUGCCCACGAAGAGCCCCACUUCAGCUACUCCUCGAGCCCCAGGAGCCGCCAUCAUCAUAUCUUCUCCUCUUCUGAACCCCUGGAGAAAACUUUCAAAGGCAACGGCCACUGGGUGCCAGUGCCAGGGCUGGCGGGCAGCAAGAGCGGGUGCGGGAGCCCCAGCCUCCAGUGCAAAGGGGUCCCCUCGGCCUCGUCCUCCCAGCUGAGCGUGUCCAGCCAGGCAUCCACCAGCAGCACCCAGCUUCAGCUCCACAGCCUGCUGAGCAGCAUCAGCAGCAAGGAGGGCACCUAUGCCAAGCUCGGGGGGCUCUAUGCCCAGUCCCUGGUCCGCCUCGCGGCCAAGUGCGAGGACCUCUUCAUGGGCGGCCAAAAAAAGGAGCUGCACUUCAAUGAGAAUAACUGGUCGCUCUUCAAACUGACCUGUAACAAGCCCUGUUGUGACUCGGGGGAUGCCAUCUAUUACUGUGCCACCUGCUCCGAGGACCCCGGCACCACCUACGCUGUGAAAAUCUGCAAAACCCCUGAGCCCAAGACAGCCUCCUACUGCAGCCCUUCUGUGCCCGUGCAUUUCAACAUCCAGCAGGACUGUGGCCACUUUGUUGCCUCGGUGCCCUCCAGCAUGCUCACCUCUCCGGACGCACCCAAGGACCCUCUGCCUGCACUGCCCUCACACCCCCCUGCCCAGGAGCAGGACUGCGUGGUGGUCAUCACCCCAGAGGUGCCCCACCAGACCGCCUCUGACUUUGUGCGGGACUCAGCCACCAGCCAUCAGUCCGAACCCGAGGCUUACGAGCGGCGCGUGUGCUUCCUGCUUCUGCAGCUCUGCAACGGGCUAGAGCAUCUGAAGGAGCACGGGAUCAUCCACCGGGACCUGUGCCUGGAGAACCUGCUGCUGGUGCAUUGCUCCCCGCAGGCCUCCCCCGGCCCCGCCUCUGCCACCCCCACGCCCCCUGUCUCCUCUGGCACCUCCAGUGCCCCCGCCCCUGCCGCGUCCCCUUCCCCUGCUGCCGCUCCCCCCGCCAGUGUCACUCCCAGUCCCGCCAAGCCCAAGGGGGGCUCCGGGGAUGGAGUCCGCGAGAAUGGCCUCCUUGGGGCCGGGAUUGGGGAAGGAUGGGCUGGGCCGGGGCCGGGGGCCUGGCGGGGCAGGCAGCAUGCUGCCUCUUGCCUGGACUGUGCUAGAGAACAGCAGUACCAGAAUAAAACAGAGGUGUUCCCGCUCCCAGACCAGUAG